AUGGCUCGAGGUAGUUACACAGCACCCAAGGAUCAGCCCCGUGGCUUGAUCCUGGCGCUGAUCGACAACAAUAAUGUCAAUGCUCGGCCGGGGACCAUCGACCAUUGGAACGGCAGUAUCCGCUGCGCCUACCGUUCUCAACUGACGGUGGUCCAGGCGCAUGGUCAGGUCCAUUCCGCUGACCUGCCGGCGGUGCGAGAGCUGGCAAUCGGUUGUGUCAGAUGCGCUUCGGAGAAUAACAUCGAGGCGGUGUUGGUUUGA